GCCAACUCGAAUUGAAUAAAGGAGAAGAAGAGUCUCUUCUGAAAAAGAUUGUCAAAUCCUUGGGCUUGGAACUUCUCCAAGACGGUUAUUUCGUCUUCAUACUCAUUGGUUUAGGAUUAAUUUACGUUUCUACAAUAGCAUACAAUGCCUUUGCCCCGAUGUUUCUUCAAGAAGAAGCCAAGUUAUCAUUGAUGAGGACGACUUCUUGUAUGACAGCCUUUUCUGCAGCUGAUGUCUUAGGAAGAUUUACUUUACCGGAGAUCAGCAGGAGAUUGCACUUGACCAACAAAAGCACUCUUAUACUUGGGUGUAUUUUCUUGAGUAUCACCAGAAGUUCUCUGGUGGAACUGGAACAAUUCGAAUAUUUAUGUGCAGUGUCUUUCAUAGUGGGAUAUUUUCGAGCUAUUGCAGUUGUGAACCAAAAUCUUGUGAUAUCAGAAUACAUCAGCAAAGACAAGUUACCAUCCGCUGUCGGUCUCAAUAUGGUGAUGAAAGCAUUAUUAACUGGAACCUUUGGUCAAUCCUUAGGUUACCUCAAAGAUCAAUUCAGUUACAAAUUUUCUAUACAUGUUUUGGACAUUACAGUAGCUACUGUUACAGUAAUGUGGCUGAUGGAAGCAUUCAUUCGACGUAUGAGGACUUCGAAGAAACAAGAUAUGCCAACAAAUGAGAUAGAGAAAGAGAUUAUAUAGAUAUUUAAUACAUGCCUAAUGGAGACUGGUUAUUACCCACAAAGUGCAGAACAUAGAUAGAUGUGAACCAUAUGGAUAUUAAAUAUAGAGAAGCCAAAUUUUCAUUAGAAAAUCAAUUCUUAUUUUCCGAAAAAAAUAUUGUUAAUCGUUUACAUUUUGUGGAAAUAUUUGGAAUUGUUUUCUAAAACAAAUUCGAAUUCUGUUCGUACAAUGCAAAGUGACUGGUUUGGUAUGAUAUUCUAGGUAUGAUUGUAGUAUCCUGAAAUUGAUAGUUAAUUGUUAUGCAUCAAUACACUUUUUGUAUCGAG